AUGAGAAACUUAGUUGUUCUAAAUAGAGGUUUUAUCUCACCGGAAUCAAGAACUUAUCCAGAUUUACAUGUUAUUGAUUCUACAUUUGAUAUAGUUUCUGAUUCCAUUACAUUUAUAUUAUCAUCCGAAGAAUCUGAAUUAAUUGAAGUACAACAAUUUAACAAAACAGGAAAUGUAUCAAUACUAGCUAGUUUUCCAAUUAAAUCAAAAUUAUUAAAUACCAUACAUUUUGUAGACUCUUUUCAACUAGUUUUUGUUUUUGAAAAUGGGGAUAUUGUCACGGCCACUUAUGAUCCUCAAUCACCUUUAGAAUAUGAUGCAACAAUUAUUGAAAUAGUAGGUACCAUUGAUAUUGGAAUUAAAGCUGCAACUUGGUCAAUUGAUGAAGAAACCUUGAGUAUAAUUACAAAUGAAAAUACAUUGGUACUAUUAUCGAGAGUAUUUGAACCAUUUUGCGAGAAGGUAUUAGAUCCAAGUGACAUUAAAAUAACGGAUUCCAAGCAUGUAUCAGUUGGUUGGGGUAAGAAAGAAACUCAAUUUAAAGGAAAAGGUUUCAAGGCAUUAGAAAGAGAAAGAGAAGCAUUAAAACAUGGUGGUUUAAAUGAUAAGGUUGAAGAGUUGAGAGAUCCAACAGUUAAUGAAAUUGAAAGAGGUACUAUAUCCAAUUUUGAUAAUCAUAGUGUUAACAUCAGUUGGAGAGGUGAUUCUGAAUUUUUUGCAAUUUCAACAAUUGAACCCGUUUUAGUUGAAGAUACUGGUGAUAUGUAUGACAGAAGAGUUAUAAGAGUUUUUAAUAGAGAAGGUGAAUUAGAUUCUGUAAAUGAAGCUGUAGAUGGUUUAGAACAUACGUUAAGUUGGAAGCCACAAGGUGCUUUAAUUGCAUCUACUCAAAGACAUACUGAAAUCGAAAAUGGUGAAGAAUUUGAAGCAUUAGAUUUAGUAUUUUAUGAAAGAAAUGGAUUAAGACAUGGCGAAUUUAACACUAGAUUAAACCCAGAAAAGGAAGUUAUUCAAUCUGUAACUUGGUCUUGUGAUAGUGAAAUUUUAUUACUUCAAUUAGUAAAUAGAGUUCAGUUAUGGACUAGAAAGAAUUAUCAUUGGUAUUUAAAACAAGAAAUUUAUGCUGAUGAUAUACGAUUCACUAAAUUCCAUCCUGAAAAACCAUUAAAUUUAAUGAUUGGUACAAAUUCAAAUAUUCAAGUUAUUGAUUUAUCUUAUAAUGUAGUUACUGGUCCUACUCAAUCUGGUGAUGAUGUUGGUAUGACUUUGGUCACUGAUGGUUCAACUGCUAAAAUAACCCCUUUAUCAACAGCUAAUGUCCCACCUCCAAUGAGUUUUCGUGAAGUUGAUAUAAAAGGAAACAUAACUGACUUGGCCGUAAGUAAAUCAAAUACGAAAUAUGCUAUGAUUUCAAGUGAGAAUGAUAUUUACUUUAGUGCAAUUUCAAUUGAUGAUAUGAAAAAAGGUGAGUCUCCAGAAAUUUUAAGUCUGAUACCAAGUAGUAAAUAUCUUAAUGAUAGUAGUGAAUUUGCUAAACAAAUUGCAUUUAUAAAUGAUUCAUUUUUAGUUGUUCUUGUUGAUUCACCAGUAUAUUCAAGAGCUGUUGUAUUUGAAGUUGAUGAUAUCAAAAAUCCAAAAUUGAAUGAUUCAGUAGAUUUAGUUCCAAAAGCAAUUUUACUUAAAUCAAGAGCAGAUUUUAGAUGUGUAUUUGUUGAACUUGUAGAUAAUAAAAUUGUACAAAUUGAUGCAACACAAGACUUGAAGGAAAUUGUUAGAUUCCCACAAUUAUGUACAGAUGUUGAGGUUUCUUAUAAGGAAGAUACUGAUGAAUAUGAAGCUUUUGGUAUUUCAAAAAAUGGAAAAUUAUAUUGUAAUGAGGAUCAAGUCGUAAGUGGUGUAACUUCAUUGAAAAUUACUGAAAGUCAUUUAUUAUUCACAACAGUUCAAUCAAAAUUAUGCUUUAUUCAUUUAAAUUCUUCUCAUGAAGAUUACAAAGUUUUUCAAAAUUUAUCAAAUAAAGAUAUAGUUGAUGAAAGAAUUAGGCAAGUUGAAAGAGGUUCAAUCUUAAUUAAUACAAUGCCAACUAAAUACUCAGUUGUUUUGGAAGCUCCAAGAGGUAAUUUAGAAACUAUAUGUCCAAGAAUAAUGGUUUUAUCUGCGAUUAGAAAACAUAUCAAGGCUAAAGAAUAUAAAGAUGCUUUUAUUGUUUGUCGUGCUCAUAGAAUUGAUUUGGAUAUCUUACAUGAUUAUGAUCCAGAAUUAUUUUUCAAUAAUAUUGAAUUGUUUGUUAAUCAAGUUGGUAAAAUAGAGUACCUUGAUUUAUUUGUAUCAUGUUUACAUGAAGAAGAUGUAACAUUAACUAAAUAUAAAGAAACAUUAUUAGAUGCUGGUGUCAAUGAAUCAGAACUUAAAAAAGAAGGUGAUACUUUACAACCAGCAUUUAGUAAAAGAAUAAGACAUAAAAAGGUAGAGACAUUUAAGAAUUUUUCAGAUUCAAAAGUUAAUAGAAUUUGUGAAGCUCUACUUGCUGUAUUAUUAAAACCACAAUAUUUUGACAAAUAUAUUCAAACUAUUUUAACUGCUUAUGCUUGUGAAAAACCACCAAAUUUGACAGCAUCAUUAUAUUUAAUAAGUGAAUUUAAAGAUCAAGAACAAAAAGAAAGUGCAAUUACACAUUUAUGUUUCUUACAAGAUGUAUUAGAAUUAUAUAAUACAUGUUUGGGUUUGUAUGAUGUCAAAUUGACUUUGUUGAUUGCUCAACAAUCACAAAUGGAUCCAAAAGAAUACUUACCAUUUCUACAAAACUUGCAUGUUCAACCAGAUUUAAAACGUAAAUUUUUAAUUGAUAAUCAUUUGAAGAAACAUGAAAAUGCAUUACAAUGGUUACAUGAACAAGGUCAAGAUUCACAUGAGACAUUUGAUGAUUAUGUCGUUACACAUGAUUUAUUUAAAGCUGCUUUGAAAAUUUAUGAUUAUUCUGGUGAUAAAAAGAGAACUAAUGAUAUUUUAAAAUUAUAUGCGGAACAUUUACAUGAAUUAAAGAAUUUCAGUGAAGCUGCAAUUACUUUUGAAUAUUUGGAAGAUUAUCCAAAUGCGUUGGAAAACUAUGUAACUGCAAAGAAAUGGAAACAAGCAUUAUCAAUAGUUGAAAAAUCAUCAACUUUAAAAGAAAAAUUAACUGAUGUUGCAGAAAGAUUAGUUUCAUCAUUAACUGACGAUCAUAAAUAUAGUGAUGCUGCAGAAAUAGAAUAUAAUUUCCUUGGUAAUGUUGAAGAAGCCAUUAAAUUAUAUUGUAAACAAUAUUGGUAUGAUCAAGCCAUUUUGUCAGCUGAAAAAUCAGGUAAGUCUGAAUUAAUAGAAUCGAUAAUUGAUGUACAAUUAGGUGAAGGUUUUGGUACAAUUGCUGAAUUAUUAGCUGAUUGUAAAGGACAAAUGAAUUCACAAUUAAGAAGAAUACGAGAAUUAAGAACUAAAAAACAAGAAGAUCCAUUUGCAUUUUAUGGAACUUCUGAUGAUUUAGAUACACCAGAUAAUGUUUCUGUUGCAGCAUCUGAAACAUCAACCACACCAUCAUUUUUCACUAGAUAUACUGGUAAAACUGCAGGCACUGCAAAAACAGGAGCAUCAAGAAGAACAUCAAAAAAUAGAAAAAGAGAAGAAAGAAAAAAAGCAAAAGGAAGAAAAGGUACUAUAUAUGAAGAAGAAUAUUUAAUUAGAUCAGUUUGUAGGUUAGUAGAAAGAUUAGAUCAAACUGAAUCUGAUGCAGUAAAACUAAUAGAAGGUUUAUUAAGAAGAAAAAUGAAACAACAAGCUUAUCAAAUUCAAAAAAACUGGUGUGAACUAAUUGAUUUUAUAAAAGAGAAUGUUGAUGAGAUUCACAAUAUAAGUGAAAAAGAUCGUGAAAGAAUAGAUGAUAAUGGUGAUGUUUAUUUAAUGGAUGAAAUACCAAAACCAAAAAUUAAUGAUUUCCCAAGAUUUAGCAUACUUGAUUAUUAA